CUUCGUACCGGUCCCGGAGACUAGGAAGUAGGAAGUUCCCGGUACACGUGCCGACUCCGUGCCCUGGUCAGUUCCGUUUCCGACUUUCCGGCGAGAUGAGCUGCGACGGUGCCACGAUGGAGUGUGGCAACGUGGGCAACGAGACGGUAGCGGCAGUGGCGUCGUGGGCCAACGCAUCCCUGCCGAUCGGACCAUUCGGACGGCGGCCAGAGCUAGGCCUGAACUUGCCGUACGCCCUGUUCGAGGGGCUGGUCGCGCUGACCGCCAUCUUUGGCAACACGCUCGUCAUCGUGGCGUUCAAGCGGGAGCGCAAACUGCGCCGCCGGACCAACUUCUACAUCAUCUCGCUAGCGUCGGCCGAUCUGCUGGUCGGCACGUUUGGCAUCCCGUUCGCCAUCCUGUCCUCGAUCGGGCUGCCGCGUAACCUGCACGCCUGCCUGUUCACCAUCUCGCUGCUCGUGGUGCUCUGUACCAUCUCCAUCUUCUGCCUGGUCGCCGUCUCGAUCGAUCGCUACUGGGCGAUCCUGCAUCCGCUCGCCUAUUCGCGCAACAUGCGCACCAAGACGACCAUCGGUAUCAUCAGUGUUUGCUGGCUGAUCGGUUCGAUCAUCGGCUUUCUACCGCUGUUCGGCUGGCACGAGGAACCGGACGAGGACACCUGUCUGUUCGUGAAGGUGAUGGACUACGACUAUCUGGUGUUUCUCUACCUCUUCACGAUCAUCAUCCCGGCGGUGCUGCUGCUGGCAUUCUACAUCCACAUCUAUCGCGUCAUCAUCCGACAGCGCAAGCAGAUCGUUUCGAUGAGCUCGGUGGAUGCACGAUUUUCGGAGAGUCUGCCCAAUCUCGCAAACAGUGAUACCGGAGCCCAGGGCCCACCAAUGGGUGGUACAACGGGUGGUGGUGGUUCGUGUCGCCAGGCGGCGCUCGUGAAGCGGCGUUCGAGGAAGGACAACUACGCCGGCACGAUGCUGCGGGUGCUGAGGGCGGCCCAGAAGCGUGAGGUGAAGGCCACGCAAAACCUCUCAAUCAUCGUGCUAUUCUUCAUGGUCUGCUGGAUGCCACUGCACACGAUCAACUGCAUCAUGGCGUUCUGUCCGCACUGCCAGAUCUGCGGCGCCGUGAUGCUGUUCGUUAUCACGCUCUCCCACCUCAACUCGGCCCUCAAUCCGCUGCUCUAUGCGUACCACCUGAAGGACUUUCGCGAGGCUCUGAAGCGGUUGCUGCUCGGUCUGUGCGGUCUGAAUCCGCCCGCGGCACGCCGCCGGGAGCCGGACUUUAUUAAUUGUAUUUCGACGAUAGCGAAUCACCAGCAGCAGCAGCAGCAGCAGCACGAUCAACACCACCUUCACCUUCAACAGACUGCACGGUAA